GACUCUGGGUCUCUCGACUACGGUCGUCCUAGCUUGGGUUCCCGAAAUCCGGCGUUAUGGCUGCCUCCGUGUCCCGCGCAGCUUCUGUCUCCCCGCUGCUUCCUCUCCUUCUGGGCCUCCUGCUCCUCUCCGCCCCGCAUGGCGGCAGCGGCCUGCACACCAAGGGUGCCCUUCCCCUGGAUACUGUCACUUUCUACAAGGUCAUUCCCAAAAGCAAGUUCGUCUUGGUGAAGUUCGACACCCAGUACCCCUACGGUGAGAAGCAGGAUGAGUUCAAGCGUCUGGCUGAAAACUCGGCCUCCAGCGAUGAUCUCUUGGUGGCAGAGGUGGGGAUCUCAGAUUAUGGUGACAAGUUGAACAUGGAGCUGAGUGAGAAAUACAAGCUGGACAAAGAUAACUACCCAGUCUUCUACCUCUUCCGGGAUGGGGACUUUGAGAACCCGGUCGUGUAUAGCGGGACAGUUAAGUUUGGAGCCAUCCAGCGCUGGCUGAAGGGGCAGGGGGUCUACCUAGGUAUGCCUGGUUGCCUGCCUGCCUAUGACACCCUGGCUGGGGAGUUCAUCAAGGCCUCUGGCAAGGAGGCACGCCAGGCCCUGCUGAAGCAGGGGCAGGAUACCCUCGCAAAUGUGAAGGAGACUGAGAAGAAGUGGGCAGAGCAGUACUUGAAGAUCAUGGGGAAGGUCUUAGACCAAGGUGAGGACUUCCCAGCAUCAGAGAUAACCCGGAUCACCAAGCUGAUUGAGAAGAACAAGAUGAGCGAUGGGAAGAAGGAGGAACUCCAGAAGAGCUUGAACAUCCUGACUGCCUUCCAGAAGAAGGGGGCAGAGAAGGUGGAGCUGUGAAAAGACACUGCAGGGAUUGGCUGGGUUGGGAGGGGAGAGUUACUUGCUGGCUGUGAGACCCCUGAGGGGUAUAAGGGGGUAGUGGAAGAGAUGGUACUUGACCUGAAGCAUGAGCCCUGGGUAUGCCUGGACAUGGAUAUAGCUGUCCUUGGGACAUCUCUGUUGCAGGUCUGGGAAUAGCUGGAGAACCUACUCAGCUGGCUUGUAAAAUGCCCCAAGAAGGAAUUGGUGCUGUAAAGAAGAGUAUACUGCCCAGGUCCCUGACAAGUGUAAUUCUGGUCCAAUUAAAGUUUCAGUCUUUUGGUUAAGUGGAUCUGAAGCCGCUUGGUUUUCUUUUUCAAAUGAUACUUUAGAUUGUGACCUGCUUUUCUCUUUGAAUUUAUUUUUCAAUCUAAGCUGACACGGACUCCACUCUACUAGGGUAGACCCUAUGGGGCAGUUCUACUCUGUCCUGCAGGAUUGCUAUGAGUCAGAAUUGACUCGAUGGCAAUGGGUUUGGUUUGUUGGGCUACCAGAAUAACAAACUAUUCUGGUAACACUCUGGAAAGCUGUCCCAGCUCAGGAUCUACCUUUAUUAUUUUCCACUGGUGUUCAGACUUGAGUGGAUGGAUUGUGGGUGCUAAAAUUGCUCACCGUCCACCAGAGGCUCUUUGUAUCUAAUAUUUUCCAUUAAAGAUGGGCUCUCUGCAUAUGCCACAUAAAAUCACUUACCUCAGGUCAGAUAGAUUCCUUCCCUCUAUGUCCUAGCUUCUAAAAUUAAUACUGUGGCUCAUGUGCUAUUCAGACUGUUGUGAAGAUUAUGGACUGGCUUCCCAGAACUGAACAAACAUAUAAAAUUUUAGGGGAAUUUCCAAAUAACCAGAAGCAAAGCAGACUCUGGAUCCAACAUGAUCCAGGAACUUGCAAAUUAUCGCCAGUGGUACCAACAGUAAUUUUAAUUCACAAAUGUUAGCUGCUGUCCAGUUGGCUCUGAUGGCGACCCCA